UUGUAAUACAUCAAUAUAUCAAUCAAUAAUACAUCAGUUUAUUUUUUCUACAUGGUAUCAGAGCUAUAAGAUUUAAACCUGUAUUUUUUUUUCACCGGCGGGCAGCCGGCCGGCAACUUUGCCUUUGCUGCCCGCUGGAAUUUUCUACACAUACCUUCCGCUCUCCAGCCGCACCUCUCUCUCCCCAUCACAGUUGAAACAGAAAUGGAGGCAACUAUCGCAGAUCCACCAAUUGUUGCAGUUGCCAAUCAGAAGGAACAGGCAAACCAGGUUCCCAGUGAUGUGAAACUCUUCAAUAGAUGGUCCUUCGACGAAGUUCAAAUCAGUGACAUGUCCGUGAUGGAUUACAUUGCUGUGAAUCCUGCAAGGCACGCAACUUAUGUGCCUCACACAGCAGCUGUUCCGCCGGAUCAACAGCGCUUGAUCUUGCGCUUGAUCUUCGCCGGAAAACAGCUCGAGGACGGUCGGAAAACAGCUCGAGGACGGUCGUACCCUCGCCGAUUACAACAUCCAGAAGGAAUCGACUCUCCAUCUGGAUCUGAGGCUUCGUGGUGGUAUGCAGAUCUUCGUGCAAACCCUAACUGGCAAGACGAUUACGCUGGAGGUGGAGAGCUCCGAUACGCUCGAUAACGUGACGGCUAAAAUUCAGGAUAAGGAAGGGAUUCCUCCGGAUCAGCAGCGUCUGAUCUUCGCCGGAAAGCAAUUGGAGGAUGGCCGAACUUUAUCCGAUUCCCAAGUCUCCAUUUCCAAUCUCUCUCUCCUAUCAUACACACAUAAACACAUUGUUUCAUCACACCCAAUUCACCGCCCAAAUCACACCCAUUUUUCUUUUAUUUCUUUAACCCCACACACACCCACCCCACUUCUUCUCUCUCUCUCUCUCUCAACGGCAGUGGAUGAUAUUUAAUUCAAGUGAAGGAAUCUGAAUUACACACGCCUGUAUAUGUCAUCAUGUUCCACUUCCUUUUCCUCUCCUUUUUUCCGAUUCUCCACUUCAUACUUUUUCUUUUUCCUUCUUUUCACACACUCCGCUGUUCCCACCAGGGCACAUGUUUUUGCCAUUCAUAUAUAUUAUUAUUAUUAAUUAAAAAAAAAAACAUUCUCUAUUUUCUUUAUCCAUUAUUUUAUUUUAUUUUAUUUUAUUUUUCUUAUUACACAAAACAGCAUUCACAAAAUCACACCAACAACAUUCCACCAUCUUGUCAUUUUAUUCAUGUCAGGGGCUCAACCCGAUCACACUUUUUACACCACCAAAACAAAAAAAAAAAAAAAAAAAAAAAAA